AUGGCAUCCGAUGCUGAGCAACGCCCUCGUCCCUCUUCUGCAAAGGAAGGAAGUCCAUCUGGUGAGAUUGGGAGUGCAAGGGAGCCUUUGAUUAUUGGGGUUCGUGACUCCGAGAGCUAUUCUGUCCCUGCUGCAAUUCUCCCAUUUCUCUUCCCAGCUUUCGGUGGCCUGCUAUUUGGCUAUGAUAUUGGUGCCACAUCUUCUGCUACCAUUUCCAUUGAGUCACCGACACUAAGUGGAGUAUCUUGGUACAAUUUGUCCUCUGUUGAAAUUGGUCUUCUUACUAGUGGAUCAUUAUAUGGUGCCUUAAUUGGCUCCGUGUUGGCCUUCAAUGUUGCUGACUUCGUAGGUAGAAGAAGGGAGCUAAUUGUAUCUGCAUUACUAUAUUUUGUUGGAGCCCUUAUAACAGCAUUUGCUCCUAAUUUUCCUGUAUUGGUGCUUGGGAGACUUUUAUUUGGCAUAGGAAUUGGACUGGCAAUGCACGCUGCUCCAAUGUACAUUGCAGAGACAACUCCAACACCAAUUCGUGGACAACUAAUAUCUCUAAAAGAGUUUUUUAUCGUACUUGGGAUGGUUGCAGGAUAUGGAAUUGGUAGCUUGUUUGUAGAAACUAUAGCUGGGUGGCGGUAUAUGUACGGAGUUAGUAGUCCUGUGGCAAUAAUCAUGGGUCUUGGAAUGUGGUGGCUCCCAGCUUCUCCUAGAUGGUUACUUUUGCGUGCUAUACAGGGAAAAGGGGAUGUUCAGAAUUCGAAAGACUUAGCAAUUUGUAGUUUGCGCCAGCUUCGAGGUCAGGCUUUUGGUGAUUCAACUCAGCGGCAAGUUGAUGAGAUUCUUGCAGAAUUUUCUUGUCUCGGUGAAGAAAAAGAAAUUACCUUUGGAGAAAUAUUCCAAGGAAAAUGUUUGAAGGCCCUUUGGAUUGGUGCAGGAUUGGUCUUGUUUCAGCAGAUCACAGGGCAACCAAGUGUGCUCUACUAUGCUGCAUCAAUCUUUCAGAGUGCAGGAUUCUCUGGAGCAUCUGAUGCAACCCGAGUCUCUAUUCUCCUUGGGGUUUUUAAGUUGAUUAUGACAGGAAUUGCCGUUGUCGUUGUUGAUAAACUUGGAAGGAGACCUUUACUACUUGGGGGAGUUUCAGGAAUAGUGAUCUCUUUAUUCCUUCUGGGUUCAUAUUACGUUUUCUUGGAUAAUGCACCGGUUGUUGCUGUAGUUGGUCUGCUGUUGUACGUAGGCUGUUACCAGAUUUCCUUUGGUCCAAUUGGUUGGCUCAUGAUAGCAGAGAUUUUCCCCUUGCGCCUAAGAGGUCGAGGACUUGGUAUAGCUGUACUCGUUAAUUUUGGUGCAAAUGCCCUGGUCACAUUUGCUUUUUCCCCACUGAAGGAAUUACUUGGAGCAGGAAUUUUGUUUUACAUCUUUUGUGUAAUAGCCGUGGCAUCUCUUUCAUUCAUAUACCUUGUUGUACCAGAAACCAAGGGGCUUACACUGGAGGAGAUCGAGGCCAAAUGCCUCUAA